GAGGCAUCGCCCUAGAUAACGGUAGAAUCGUGGGCUGGUGUCGUGCUGCUUUUCGCGAAAGUGCUUUGGAAAACCGAGAGGAACCGUAUCGAGGCCGUUCGACCGUAUCUAGUAAAAUCAUUAUCCGAACUGAGGUUGUUAUCCGGUGGUGUGUGGAAGACCCGCCUCGAGCCAGUGAUUAUCGGCUCAUCGAGGCGAUCGUAUAGAGGACCGUGCCCUAAGGAGCUUUGGUGCACCCGCGGCGCGCGAGAUUUUCGACCGAGUGCGGAAUUUUCUCAGCCACCGGUGGAGCACGUUUCGUUUCGUUUCGUUCGUAGCGACUAUAUCUGGUUCGUGGCGACCGUAUUAGUCGGCACCAGUCCACGGAUUCUCCCCGCGGUCGCUUUCGAUGUGUUCGCUACGCGUACGGGACGACGAACCGACCAGCACAGGAGUAGGAAGCGAGUAAUCGCCGGAGAAUCUCUGUAGAUUGGGAUAUAGUGGGCCGUGGACAAGGACGGAGAACGUACGAUAGAAAGGGAGGGAGACGAAGAGAGUGUAACGAAGGAGUGCGCGAGGAAGAAAGAGAGGGACGAAUACGAGAGUGCGAUAGAGGGCCAUUAGAUCCGAGGGGUACACGGGUGUACGAGUCGAGUACGCCAAACAGAUUCAACGAAUAUUUUCGAAGGUGCAAGAGAAGUGGCGUUGCGUGAAUUAGCAAGAAGGGGGUGCAAGGUUGAGCGGCGGUACUCGACUCGAAUAUUCUUGUAGUGGCUCAUCGAUUGCGUUUCCCUGGAUUUUCUGACGCAGGUCUGGUCUAACUGAAAGCAAAGAGGAGCAAAACGUGGCGGAUUCGGUGACCCCUCGGCUGUGACCAGAGGCGCACAGAGAAUUAGGGCAAGGAAAUGCGUGAAUAUAAAAUAGUGGUGUUGGGCAGUGGAGGUGUAGGCAAGUCCGCCCUCACUGUCCAGUUCGUACAAGGAAUCUUCGUGGAGAAGUACGAUCCGACGAUUGAGGACAGCUACCGCAAACAGGUCGAGGUCGACGGUCAACAAUGUAUGUUAGAAAUCCUAGACACAGCCGGAACGGAACAAUUCACAGCCAUGAGGGACCUUUACAUGAAAAACGGUCAAGGAUUCGUGUUAGUGUACUCGAUAACGGCACAGUCGACGUUCAACGACCUGCAGGACCUCAGGGAACAAAUCCUGCGGGUGAAGGACACAGAUGACGUGCCGAUGGUGCUGGUGGGCAACAAGUGUGACUUGGAGGACGAAAGGGUAGUGGGCAAAGACCAGGGCGUCAACCUUGCCCGGCAAUUUAACUGCGCGUUCAUGGAGACCUCUGCCAAAGCCAAAAUUAAUGUUAACGAUAUCUUCUAUGACCUGGUGCGACAAAUCAACAAAAAGUCACCAGAGAAGAAGAUGAAGCAAAAAAAGAAAUCGCUGUGCCUACUUCUGUAAGGUAGAUCUAGCAGAAGCCCAUACUCUCCUGCAUGAAACAAAUUCACAGAAAAACUAAAGGGACAAAAAAUCAACCAGCAACAACCAGCAACAAAUCCGGACACAACCAGCGGAUGAUACAGGGGUUCAGGCGAUCACUGAAUAGAACUAAAGCUAGUUGACAAGGAGGGGGCUGACGGAAUCACAAUAAAUAGAAGAAAAAAGGAACAAGAAACGGUGAACAUAUAAGAAGGAGAUGUAGAACAUCAAGAAGAAGAGGAAGAAAAAAUAAAUGAAGGAGGUGACAAUGAGAGACAGGGGCAGGAAAGAAAGUGUGGAAGAUGGAGAGCGUGGAGAAGAAAGUUGAAAAGAAUAAAACAGAGAUAGCGGGGGAAAUAUAAGCAGGGAGUAAAAAAUAACAAAAAAAGAAACUAAUAAUGUUGUACAUACGUUGGUCCCGGGGUGGUUCGUGUGCACGCGCAAACAAAAAGGCGCACAAAGAGUUUUUUAGUGUUAACGAGACCCCGUGACGUCGGUUAUCAUUAGGAGUUUUGCAUUAAUGAAUAAACAAGAAGAAAAAGAAAGGAAGAGAGAAGACAGAAGAACACAAGUGAGGAUGAAUAAAAGAAAUAUGAUUAAUUAAUGAUAGUAUAUAAAUAUAUAUAUAUAUAUAUUUAGGAGAAAAGAAUGAAAAAAAAAAGAAAAAUGUUUGGAUGUGCGCGUGCGCAGGCCACUGGCCCCUCCAUGCAUCUCUCGCCGCGCACUUCUUUUAUAUAUAUAUAUAUAUAUAUAUAAAAUAUAAUAAUUAUACAUAGACAGUACACAUACACACAAUAAAGAGAAAAAGAACACAGACAGACAGAGACACACACACGAAUGAUUAUUAUUACUAUUAUUAUUAUUAUUAAUUAUUAUCGAAGCAUCAAAAUAUUCAUAAGUUAUAUCAACCGUUUGUUUCUCGAACAAUAUAUGUUUUUUCUAUAUCUCUCCGUAUUAAAGCAAAUAAUAAAAAAUCUCUCAGUGAAUGUUAAGAAAAAGAUAAAAAACGAAAACAAAGAAAAUAAGCCCAGGCUCUCUGGUUCUCCUCCUCAUUGCUACAACCUAGACACCUGAUCUGUUUUUUCCCUUCUUUUUUUUAUACGAUCGUGUAAGUUUCGUAUACAUAUAUAUUUAAUCCGUUUAAAAUUUGAUUUUGUUUCGUAAUAAAUAUUGUUCGAAGCGUACAAAUCGUUAAACUGGAAAACUUUUUGCGAACAUACACCACUUUGCCUUCUCAACCCUUCUUUAAUGUCCUAAGCGUUUUCAUUGUCCUUACGACCAAACUAAAUUUAAAAAUGCUAAAAUGCUAAACGAUGCUCGUGAUGCAUCAGCGUUUCGCAUUUAGGUCUGUUUUUAUGCAGCCAUUAUGAAAACACAAACCAUAAUGCGGCCGAUCGAACGCAAAAUGGAAUUAAUUGAAGAACAGACUAUAUUACAUGAUUCAUCUAUCAAGAAGAUAACACAAACCAGGACGCCCUAAACUCAUCAACGUUUGUAUAGAAGAGGCUCCAUCGUACGCAUGCAAAGGAAAUCUAAAUAAUUCAUCGACUACAAUUCCAAGCACCAGAACAUCGUGACAACAGCGAAUCCACUUAGAACAACCCCAUAAGAAGCUUUUCUCCAUGUUGUGGAGUGACUGGUCAUGUUGCAACAAUUACUCAUCGUCUCUUUAAGAAUCAUCGGAUAAUAUUCGUUCCAGAAAGCCAGUGCUUUGUAAUCAAUAACAUUGGAAUCGCUCAUAUCGAGGUUCCUAUCGAUGAUUAAGAUUCCAGGAUCUUCUUCGGUGUACGAUUCCCAUUUAACAAUUCCUGGAUUGCCAUUCUUGGCGAAAUUACCCAGCAUCCCCAUUACUACCUCGGCCAUUUUCUUGUCGGCGAAAUUCCAUUGAACAGGGCUGUUAGUCAUUUGGGGAAGUCCCCAGAAAAAUGGAAGCUCGAACAUGUGAGGAACCCCGGCCCAUUCAGGCACAUCCUUGAUGACAGACUGAGUCUUGGACCUGUAGUCAAACCUGUAAACAUACGCCAGCUUUUCCUUGGACACCUUACCAGCCAACAGAGUGAGCCCAGCUGCGUAUUUCUUCUCCGUUUGCAGAUCCAAGUACCUGUCCCGAAGGUUACCUUGAUCCUUGCUCGGCGGAUGAGGCUUGUAAAAGAACAGCACCGCCUCGGCGACCAUUUCUGGUUUCAGUUCGCAGGUACUGUUAUCUUCCUGGACCAAUGAUACGAACUCGUCAGUGAUCAUCAUCUCGAAAUUUCUAUAAGAAAGCUUUCCAUCCAAGUCCCCCUUGUCUAGGGACUCUAUAUAGGCCAAUGCCUGUUCAUUAUUGGUGUAACCGACGAUUAAAGGAACGGAGUUCAAAGUGCCACUGUCUAAUAUGUCUUUUGGAUGCAUAGGUAAAAACGGUUCCGUGGAGUUAUUUGUCUCGUAGUCAACGAUGGGACCCCAGGUCUCGAUAGAGGAAGUUAGAUCGACCAAGGCGGUCACGUUUACUCGACGAAGACACUCCAUCAGCGCUGACGUUGGUCGUCGAUAACAACCAAACGUAUCGGUGACGAUGUCGACCACCGGUAAUUCAUUUUGAGGCGAGCCAACAGAGCUCACCGCGUCUCCGCUCAUGGCGAUGGCUUUGGAGAAUUUACCUCUGCUCAGAGGACUCACCAGGUGUAAACCCACACUUAUAGCACCGGAGCUGUGGCCGUAGAUCACCACGUUGUAUGGAGAACCUCCGAAAUGCUGGAUCUUCUUCUGGAUCCAAUCCAGAGACGCUAUCUGGUCGAACAUCCCGUAAUUCCCUGGAGCCUCCGAAUCCAUGGUCGUGAAGAAGCCCAAGAUAUUGAGACGAUACGCCACAGUGAUCACCAUGAUCUGAGGAGAAGAUGAUCGAUUAGAUCAGUUAGCGUGUUAGAAUUAGAGAUUCUAAAGAGUUUUUUCUUUGAGAAGUUGAGAGCGAGAGGCAAUAUUGUUAAACGGAUAGGCUAAGAGUUUUCGAAGUUACAUGUUCCUUCUUAGAGAGGUUAGGAUCGUUUAACUGCGAGAGAUUGCAGUCUGUAUUUUCUGAACCAGUGUUUUUCCCGUUUUUUUUUUUUUUUUUUUUUUUUUUUUUUUUUUUUGUUUGUUCAACUUUCUGUAGAUCAGAUUUUUGAAGAAAAGAAAAGGAGCUUCGAAAGAGAGAGAGAGAGAGAGAGAGAGAGAGAGUGAGAGAACGAGAGAGAGAGAGGUUAGGAAUGUGUGGACGUUACGUUACGAAUUAACCUAUACGAUUCAUUUUGCUUUGAACAGUAUGUUAGAUAGGGAAAUGUUUAUAAGGUAGACUAUUAAUAUUGUCUAUAUAAGAUUUUCUAUUAUAACGUCGUUUUUACAUUGCUUUGUAAGACUAUAAAUGAAUUAGUAGUGGUUAGAAGUUCUUAACGAUAUAGUUAGAUCACACAAGGUCCCUUGUAUUACUGUAUAAUACAUCGUUGUACGUUUCUAUAACAAUUUUUAAGAGUCGUUAAACGUGUUCCCCUCGAUAACGAAUUCCCGCGUUAAAAUAACAUUUUCUGUGGCCGUUGUUUCUGAAUUAGCAUUUACAACGUAACCUAACAUAUGCAUCAUGGAUGAACCCGUUGGCCGGUGCGAUUCCAAAGGUCGAAUUUACCUUUGUAUAUCUAAAGCGCACGAAGAAACACCCUAAUUUCCUUCGAUUUUCUGUCGACUUUUAACAUUCACUCUGAUUGAUUCGCAAUCUGCGAUUCUUUUCUACAAUAUGUACAGGAUAUAAGGUCAAAGCAUCGCUUGCCAAUCACAAAACGUCCUUCCAAUGUAAAAAUAAUAAAACCUAGGCUUGUUAAAAAAUAAUAUCUGAAAAAAAUUGUAAAAAAGAACACACAUACAUUUAAAUUUUCGUCCUAUUUACAACUUAGUUUUCUAUCCUCUAUUGUUAGAUAAUUGAAACACCCUGUACAUGUAAUUUCAUAAUAAUUGUUACAUAUGUUUAUAUGGUCAUUUUUGAAAUCCAGGUUAUGUAGUGGAUGAAAUAUUGUAAUUUUGGAAUUUUUAGAAUCUAAUAUAUUUGUUGAGUAACUCACUUUCUGUCUGCUGACGAAAAUUGAGGCAUUCCAUAUGGCUGGGGUGCCAGUGUUGAAAUCACCACCAUGAAACCACACCAUCACUGGCCAUCCAUCGCUUGGUUUGUUCCCUACGAAAAUUUAAUUCCAUAUACAUAGUAUAGCAUAUUUACACCAUGAUAUGAUUUAAUUAUUUAAAUGAUAACGAUCAACGAUAAUGAUUCGUAUUUUGAAACUUCUGUAUAAUUUCAAAUUAAAAGAACUUAAUACGUUUCCCA